GCUAUCCUCACCUAGACUAAGUCAACUACAGCCCGUGUGUAUGUUGAUGAGAAACUUGGUUUCCGCAGGCCGGACGGAGGUUCUCUGACUAUUCAUGACUUACUACUUUACUGGUUCUACUUACUUCUUGAUUCACAUACCCCAUUAAUCCGUCAACCUCGCUAUAUUCAUGGCUACAUCAACCGGUACCGGCUGGGCACAGCUGCGGCAACAAGCCCGAUCACUGGAGACUCAGACUGAAACCCUCUUCCACACCUACUCACAAUACGCCGCCCUAACCAAACCACCCCCCACCCCAUCCGAAGAAGAACUCCGCACCGAAUCCCAACUGAAGGAGAUCCUCGAUCGACGAGAAACAACAAUAACCCACCUCUCGCGCCUCCUCGACAGCGAAGCCACCCUGACCGCCUCCGCCCUGAAGCAGAACAACCUCGCCCGCCACCGCGAGAUCCUCGCCGACCACCGCCGCGAGUUCGCCCGCAUCACCGCCGCCAUCGCCGAGGCCCGCGACCGCGCCAAUCUGCUGAGCCAUGUCCGCCACGACAUCGACGCCUUCCGCUCCCAGAACCAGUCCGAGGCCGACUACAUGCUCGAGGAGCGCGGCCGCAUCGACGAGAGCCACAACAUGAUCGACGGCGUGCUGAGCCAGGCGUACGCCAUCAAUGAGAACUUCGGGCUGCAGCGCGAGACGCUGGCGAGCAUUAAUCGGCGCAUCGUCGGCGCGGCGGGCGCCGUGCCCGGGAUGAAUGCGUUGAUUGGGAAGAUUGGGAAUAAGCGGCGGAGGGAUGCGGUGGUUCUGGGGGCGUUUGUCGGGGUGUGUUUUUUGGUGGUGUUUUUCUUAAGAUGAUUUUUCUUUGAGGGGAGGGGAGAUCGGUUGGUUUGGGGUGGUGGGAUAUGAGGAUAUGGGGUAUACUAGGCCGGAAAUAUGGGCAGGGUGGUGGUGGUGGUGGGCUGAGAGUGAGUUUGAUUAAUUUGACGGUAUGAGAAGGCGUUCGGGAUUGAUUCUUGUCUUGCUAUACAGAGUAUACUAAUAGGAGAGGGGAGAUAGUUUGUAUCUCCCUCUUCGGUGUUGGGAGAGGUGUCUCGAUAUUUUUGCGUGCUAGCAUAUACCUAGUAUCUAUCUUACAGUGCGGCAUCCCCCAACCAAUGCUACUUGAUAUGUACAUACACAUACAACCGCCAUAUGCUUGGCUAUCAUGGCUGCCCC